AUGCUGAUCAAGAAUAUCGCUUUCGCUGGUUUUUUUGCCGCCAGUGCCACUGCACUCCCCAGCGUCCAAUCGGAUACCUUCGGCAUUGUCGCCAUCCACUCCGGAUCUCGUGUGCAAUACAGCAGUUUCAACGCUGCUUUGAGCAGUAUCUUUGCUGGUCUCAGCUCUCAGAAAGCCAGCUGUGCGCGUCCCAAAGAACAGGAUGCCACAUUUUACCUGAAGGACAGAGCUCUAUAUCUCUAUGAUGAGUCUGCCACCCCUCAGGAGAUCUAUGUUGAUCGCUCUGGAAUGGGUCAGGGUAAGAUCGGAUAUACUACAGGUGCUCAGCCCGCACCCAAAAAUGCCGAGCGAGCUGGCUGGGCAAUCAAGAAUGGGCAUCUGCAGUUUGCCGGUAAUGACCUGAUUGCUUGCCCAGACAGCGUUGAUGGUGCUUGGUCUAUCUGGGCAUCGGCUGGUGUUUCUAACCCCGCUGGCAAUUCAAACUGUGUUGGAAUUGAAGCUCUCGUUGAGUCGACUGCCAAGCCUAACGCUUGCCUGUACACCGAGUAA